AUUAGAGUCUUUCUUGUCUUUUUCUGCUACCGGUUCUCGUCCGUUUUCUGAACCGACGAAAGUUAAUCAGAGUCUUUCUUAUCUUUUUUUCUCUUGUCUGGUAUCGUUUACUUUCCAAUUCAGAAGGAAAAACCAUGGCAGCGUCGUUGAUCGGAGGAUCAGUUCUCUCCGCGUUCCUUCAGGUUUUGUUCGAUAGGAUGGCUUCUCGCGAAGUUUUGGACUUCUUCAAGGGUCGAAAACUGAAUGAUGGAUUGCUGGAAAAGUUGAGGACCACAAUCGUAUCUGUUAAUGGGGUGCUUGAUGAUGCAGAAGAGAAGCAGAUUUCUAAGCCAGCUGUGAAAGAGUGGCUUGACAAGCUUAAAGAUGCUGUUUAUGAAGCUGAUGACCUUUUGGAUGAGAUUAGUUAUGAAGCUCUGCAACCAAAGUUGGAACCUAUAUCUCCAAAACAAAAGGUCCGGAAUUUCUUCUCUUCAAGUAAUUCUUUUAAAAAGGGAAUGAACCCCAAGUUAGAAGAGAUCCUUGACAGGCUUGAGUAUUUAGUGAAACAAAAGGAUACCCUUAAUUUGAAAGAGGGUGUUCAAGGAAAACCAUGGUCUCUGAAAACGGCAACAACUUCUCUUGUAGAUGAAUCUGGUAUUUAUGGUAGGGAAGAUGAAAAGGAAGCCAUAAUGCUUAGGGUGCUAUCGGAUGAUCCAAAUGGCAAUGAUCUAGGUGUGAUUCCUAUAGUUGGCAUGGGAGGGAUGGGUAAAACCACCCUUGCUCAGCUUGUGUACAAUGAUAGAAGAGUAUGCGAGUGGUUUGAUCUUAAAGCAUGGGUCUGUGUUUCAGAAGAAUUUGAUGUUUUCAGAGUAACAAAAGAUAUCUUUGAGGAGCUGACUUGGAAGACCUGUGAUAUCAUGACUCUAAAUCGGCUUCAACUUGAGCUGAAGGAGAGAGUAAUGGGGAAGAAAUUUUUCCUUGUCUUAGACGAUGUUUGGAAUGAUAAGUAUGAAGAUUGGGACAUUUUAUGGAGACCUUUAAGGUAUGGAGCAAAGGGAAGUAAGGUUGUCAUUACUACACGCAACAGAGGAGUAGCAUCAAUCAUGCAAACUGUACCAACUCAUCACCUAAAGCAAUUAACUGACGAUGACUGUUGGUGCUUGUUCGCAAAGCAUGCAUUUGAUGAUGGAGAUUCUGGUAUCCAUUCAAACUUGAAAGAAAUUGGUCGUGGAAUAGUGGGAAAGUGUAAAGGUCUACCUUUAACUGCAAAAACACUUGGAGCUCUGCUGCGCACCAAAAGAGAUGUUGAGGAAUGGGAGAAGGUAUUGAAGAGUAACAUGUGGGAUUUGCCAGAUGACAGCAUUCUUCCAGCUUUAAAAUUGAGCUAUCAUUAUUUACCAUCACAUUUGAAGCGAUGCUUUGCUUAUUGCUCAAUAUUCCCUAAGGAUCAUAACUUCAAAAAGCAAGAAUUAGUCCUUUUGUGGAUGGCGGAGGGUUUUAUAGUGCAACCCCAGGGAAAUAAAGAGAUGGAAGAAGUUGGUGAUGAGUACUUUCAAGAUCUUGUAUCCCGGUCCUUUUUUCAACGAUCAAAUGUUCAUCCAUCGCUUUUCAUCAUGCACGACCUGCUCAGUGAUUUAGCUAAAGUGGUAUCUGGAGAAUUUUGCUUCAGGUUAGAAGGCGACGAUUCAUCAAAAAUUUCUCAGAGAACUCGCCAUUUAUCAUAUGGAAGAACAAAGAAAUUUGAGGCCGUCACUGAAGCCAAACUUUUGCGCACUUUUCUGCCCGUGGAGAGAUCACGACAGUGGAAACCUGAACUCAUUGAUAUUGAGGUAACACAUAAUUUGCUGCCAAUGCUAAAGUACUUAAGAGUGCUUUCUCUGUCUAAGUAUCAAUGUAUAGCUGAGUUGCCCAAUUCAAUUGGCAACUUAAAGCAUUUACGGUUCCUAAAUCUGUCUAAAACAUCCAUCACAAACUUGCCUGAUACAGUGAGUAAUUUGUUUAAUUUGCAAAUGUUAACCUUGAGUGGAUGCAAUGCCCUAAUCAUGUUGCCUGAUUCAAUUGGCUAUUUGAAGCAUUUACGAUACUUUAAUCUCUCUGGAACAUCAAUUCGAAGAUUACCUGAAUCUACCUGUAGUUUGUACGCUCUGCAAACUUUGAUCUUACGUCGGUGCAAGAACCUCGUUGUGUUGCCAACCAACAUGGGAAGGCUAAUCAACUUGAAGCAUUUUGAUAUUAGAGAAACAAAUUUGCGGGAAAUGCCACCACAAAUGGGUAAACUAACAAAGCUUAAGAAGUUAACUGAUUUUGUCUUGGGAGAGCAGGGUGGGUCUAGAAUUAAAGAGCUGAGAGAGCUUCAGGAUCUCCGAGGAGAACUUUGCAUUCGGAAUCUGCAAAACAUUGUUGAUUCUCAGGAGGCUUUAGAAGCCGAUUUGAAGGUUAUGAAGCACCUUAAAAUGUUGAAAUUGAGAUGGGCUGGUGAAACUAAGAAUUCAGUGCAUGAAAGAAGAGUGCUUGAGCAAUUACAGCCGCAUAAGCAUCUGAGCUAUCUUUCCAUUGUUGGUUUUGGGGCUUCAAGAUUUCCAAAUUGGGUUGGUGAUCAUUCUUUCUCAAAUCUACUAUCCUUGAAGUUAAGCGGGAGUAAAAGGUGCUCAUCCUUACCCCCACUUGGUCAAUUGGUAUCUCUACAAGACCUUUCCAUCACAGCAUUUGAUAAAGUAGAGAUUGUGGGUUCUGAGUUUUAUGGAAGAAGCCGCACGCCCAAAAAGAAGCCAUUUUGUUCCCUCAAAAUUUUAAGAUUUGAGAAAAUACCACAGUGGCAAGAAUGGAUUUCAUAUGCAGGUGAGGAUGAAGAAGGUGGAGCUUUCCCUCUCCUCCAAGAGCUUUCUGUAAAAAAAUGUCCCAAGCUAAUCAAGGCCCUGCCUAUUCAACUUCCUUCUCUAUCAGCACUUGAGAUUGAGGGAUGUCAUCAGCUUGUGGAUUCAUUUCCAAAUGCUCCCACCAUCCUUAAAAUGAAGUUUAAGGACUCUUACCGCGAUGUGCAGUUACAGAAAUUGACUUCUGGGCUUUACAGUCUUAGAGUUGACAGAUUCCACUCCCUAGAUUCCUUACUAGAGAGACUGGAGCAAAUAGGUUGUCUUUCCACAAAUUUAGAAGAAAUUGUAAUGACUAAUUGCAACUCACUCUUGUGCUUCCCAAUUGAUGUGUUCCCCAGGUUGAAGAGUCUUCAUAUCAGCAGAUGUCCAAAUCUGGAAUGUGUUUUUGCAGCUAAGGGAAUUCUUGUGAAUUUUCCACCCCUCAGUUCCUUGGAAAUUGGGGAAUGCUCCAAGUUAGUACAUUUCCUUGAAGGAAGAUUACCAUUCCCAAAUCUGACACGCCUGCGGUUAUGGGGUUGCUCAAAUUUGAAGUCACUAUCUGAGUGUAUGCACACUCUCCUCCCUUCACUUGUGAAUAUGGAGAUAGAUAAUUGCCUAGAACUUGAGUCCCUUCCAGUAGAAGGGCUUCCUUUCAAAUUAAGAUCACUUCACAUUGAAAGCUGCAACAAACUGAUUGCUGCCUGCAAGCAACGGAAAUCGCAAUUACCCCACUCUCUUCAAUGCUUCAGUAUUGGAAGAAAUGAAGAUUUGGAAUCCUUUCCAGAGGAUAAGUUGCUGCCUUCCACUCUUACCUCUCUUAGACUCUGGAAUCUUGAAAAUCUUAAAUUUCUGGACUGCAGGGGGCUUCAAAGACUCACCUCUCUUAGAGAAUUGAAGAUCUGGAACUGUCCUAAUCUUGAGUCCAUGCCAGAAGAGGGCUUACCCUCUACCCUUUUCACUCUUAAAAUUGGGGAUCUUCAAAAUCUGAAAUCUUUGGAUUGCAAGGGACUUGAACAUCACACCUCUCUUAGAGAUCUGGACAUAUGGAACUGCCCCAAGCUUCAUUCAAUGCCAAAAGAUGGGCUGCCUUCCUCCCUUUCUUCACUGUUCAUCUACAAAUGCCCUUUGCUGGAACAAAGUUGUCUACCAGAGACAGGGGAAGAUUGGUCCAAGAUUUCUCACAUCUCCCACAUAAGGAUCAAUAAUGACAAGAUCAACUGAGGAAAAAGAUUAAAGGAUUCAGUUAUUGCCCAUCCAACAUGGCUGAGGACUCUGAUCCAAACAUUCUUGUUGGUGCCUUUGAGACCUCCAAUUGCAAUUCAAUUUGAUUGUCAACUAUGAGGCCAGAAGAACUAGAAUGUUGUCCCCACGUAAAAAUAAAUUGAUUUAAGCACAUAUAUUCCAUAGAGGAACAUAUACCAUUGACUUGAUGGUAUUUUCGUGUUUCUAGUAUUUCUUUUUUAAUGUUUUACUUGGAAAAUUGCUGGAGCUAGUCCUGAUACACUAUAGUAGUCUAUAACACCUAUUGCUUUGAAAGUAUGAAGGAAAUAUUGGUAUAUUUGGCGUAAACAUGAUAUUGUUGAGGAAAAUUGUGACUCAGAAUAAGAACAAGAAAAAAAAAAAAAUGAAGAAGCGAAGUACUCUAAUUUGGGAAAAAAGAUCAAAAGUGCUUGGUUAAGGAAAUCAAGGUUUGAGAACAAAAAAAAAACCUUGUGUAUGACACUAUUAGUGUAAAAGAUUUACUUCUUGUUAUGCCUAUACUGGAGCUAGGGUUCCUAACCUCUUUUUUUUUUAUGGUUCUUGCAGCCAGCAUCUUUGGGCGAACUUACGCACGGUGGGACUAAAGUCUCCUCUCUGAAGGACCCAAUGCAUUCAGGAUUUUUAAAUAAUCUUGGAGUGCUUCCCAGUGCAGUUGAAUCCUUAUUGAUGGGAAAGGGAGACUUAUCACAUCCUUAUCUACUCGACUAACCCUGUUGGAUACUGGUCCUAACCUGUGGUUGACGUGCUGAGCACUGAUACAUUUACGCAAGUAACUACUUUGGCACUAUAUUUGAUGUUUGUGAUGGUUUAGUAUGGACUGCCUUCUAUCAAAACCUAAAUAGAAAAGCAUCUGAUAAUGUAAUUUCAGCAUUUGUUUCUUUUUUCCUUGAUAUUAAGCAAUUUCUUAUUAGGUGUCC